GGCAGAAAUGAACAGGAAUCAUUGUAAUCGCACUCCCUGGAAGUAAAUGACUCUCGCCCGUCAUUUGCCAAGGGGGUGGAAAGUGGUUGUGUUUAUUCGCUUGUUCUCAUUCGUUUGUUGACGAUGAAAAUCAACCCAAAGUGCCAAAUAGAGUCAUUUUUACAACAAUGGAGCAGUAGAGGAGUGGAGAGUGAAAAUUUGGAGCCGCUAAUCAAGAUGGUGGUCCAAUUCCCACCGACCGACCGAUGACUGGGGUUUACUGCCUGGAAAAGUCGCCUCUGGAAGCAUAGGGCCAAAGAGAGUUGCGCUGGAGGAAACCCUCUCAAACCUUCGACUCCUCCCUCCCACCGGGAUGUUGUGUUGAUGUUGUUUUUCUUUUCUUGUUUUUAGGGAAAGAUGGAAAGUAACCAGCGAACAUGUGGUGUGGUAUGCUGGCCAAGUCGUUUUAAUGCCUACAAGUCCAACGAUUUCCAUUGAUUGUUUUUGUCGUUUUAUCGUCGCGGAAAAAAACCCAAAGAGAAAAAUCAAAUGUUGCGAGUUACACCAUUCCGCAGUACGUCACAAAACACAUUAGAACACCGCACAACACAUCAGCCUCAUCUGGCACGGUGAUGAUGUCCGCCAUCCCCCUAUCCGGUGUUUUGUUUUAUUUAGCAAUGAAGUGGAGAAUGUGUGGCAAAGCUGAAAGCAGCAACAUGGGACCAUCAGCUAACAAAUAAAAAAACACACACAACAUUGUGUGCAAAUUGCCCACUUUCCACCCUACACGGGUCCCUUUUCUCCACCCCACAGUCGUAGGGGUUUGCGUAGUGAAUACACGGCAUAGUGCGUGCGCGUGUGAGUAGGCAGCCGCAUGCAGCGCGCGCCCCAAACGGCCAAUAAAUGGAGCACGGGUUGCACUAACACACUGGCACGCCCAGAGGCCACCUCUGCCGAACUGCCUCCCUAAUGCCCGCCGCGAACAGUGCAAGGCAAGGGGGGGGGGGGGAGGCGUUUGUCCCAAGGAAGAGUUUAGCCCCACACACGCGCACACAGUGACGGCCUCCUUCGAUGUUGUUAUGUAGCAGUUUCUGCCCUUGCAAAUGCGUUACCGCGAAGGAGAAGGAGACGGUUUGUUGCUGUUGUGCCGUGGGACUACGUAAUAUCCCGGAAUAAAUUUGCACACGCAGGGGUGGGGUGCGGUUUGAACGACGGGAAGGAAAUGCCCUUUCACGCCAAAACUCCACAAAAAUGUCCUUUUUCAAGUGCAGGCUUGUCAACAUUGCAUUGUGGCCACUGGCAAGUAGCAAGUAGCCUCUGGAUGGGACUCGGCAAAUACAUCUUCUUCCACGCAAACACGCACGCACACACGCGCGCGCUGUUCCGUUUUGACUGGUUUGACAAGGUUGUGUGUCUUUGCUUUAUGCUUCAACCCCCCCUCCGCCCCGCGUGAGCGGCGUGAUGCGUAAUCGAAAUGUAAAUAUUUAUUUCCAACGAUUAGAUCAUUUCUGAAGAUUGUCAAAAAAAGAACCAUCAGUGCUGUUGCGGCACCACGACCACCUCGUGCGGAAGCAAUGUCACGACGACGGUGUCUAGUCUGCCGCCACUCUGGCACGGCCUUUCGGCAGACUUUUUCGGCGAGUUGGUAUAGCUUAGGUACACCAUCGCCGUUAGCGUUGAUAGGAGUUGAUGAGCAAAUUAGAGGCCAGCGGGCUGUAAAAACACCUUCGAUGGAGAUAUAUGACCGAAUCGUUUGCUGAUGAGCGGGCAAGAGGCUCGCUAAGGUGAAAUGACACGAGGUGUAGGUGUCGUAAUUAUCAACUUCAAUUGCAACUGGCCUCCAGAAUGGGUUGGGAGGAAGGCGGAUGUUCAGCCUUUUUUUUAUUUUAUGUCUAACGGUUUGAUGUUUUGAUCUUGCCCCUGUGUCCAGUUCCAGCGGACGAUAGAAGACCAUAGGUUAAUGGGUUUCAGCGGUUGUUUUUGUUAACCUUGAUUGCUGUUUAGCUGAUGAUGCAAUGGUCGUAUCACAACACAUGAAACAAAAACAGUUUAAGAGCGAUGUUGCAACCGCUUUGUUUAUCUUUCUACAUUUUCAAAAGUGAGCAUUUUCUUCGCCACCGCUACUACUAGCCUGUUGCCGAUGAUGCCGAAGAAUUUACAGUAAGCAAAGUGAAGUGAACGAUCCGCGUGCGAAUGUGAUUCCCGUGACGAAUUGUUUCGCGAAAAUUCCUUUGUAAAGAAAAAUAGCUCCGCUUCCAGGGGUCCGCGCGCGAGUGUGUGUGUGUCUGUGUGUUUAGAUAUUUGGCACGGCACGGCAAGGUGAGAAAGUGAGAGUUGAAGAGUCGAUGACAAGUUCCAGAUCUGGCCGCCGUGGGUUGAGAUUUGCACGAAAGUAACAGAUUGUAAUAAAAAUACCCCGACGGAGUGCAGAGAGCAAUACAGCAAGAUUACUUUUGCGAAGAAGACGACAAGUGCUUUCCUUCGCGUGCGUGUGUGUGUGUGUUUUCAGUGUGUUUUCCGUGUGUGUAAGCGUGCGUGAUCGUUCGGUGUUUCCGGGUGGGAAACAUUCACCCCUUACAGAACAAGACCGUUGCAACGGCAAGCUUAAAGGCAUGAAAAAGUAUCAAUGGAUUUAUUAGUGAAACGAAGAAGAAAGAACGAAGAGAAAAGAGAACCCCGAACCGCGUGGAAUCAGUGUGGUGUGAAGAGUUCAUUGAAUAAAAUAGUCAACCGAUCGUUUCGGAGAAUUGGAGGUAUAAUUAUGAUCGGAAUUUGGUGUUGAAUUGAACUCAACCAUCAGCAAAUCAGUCACAACAAAAGGAAAAAGCGUGUGUGUGUGUAGGAGAGAGAAAGAGAGAGGCUACGAAAGGUACACUUUCGUGUCCGUGGGUGGGUGGCCUGUUAAUUCGGCGGUAUCCAUCAAUCAACGCAAAGAGAGUCGGUGCAGUAGAAGGCCGUCAACCCACAACACAAAAGGAUCUGGAACGCGAAAUUUGAGGCAAAGGACGCACACCGUACUACACCUGCGCGCACCAGGAUGGCGUACCAAAAGCCGAUCGACAUCGACGGCUACGUCACGCAGAUGGCGAAGGCGGACAUGCGCGUGAAGGCUCAGCUGGCCGAGGAUCUGGUGCUGUAUCUGAGCGAUUCGGAAAACUCGAUCGAAUGUACCGACCUCGGGCUGCUCAUCGACGGGCUGAUUCCGUGGAUGACCGGAAGUCACCAUAAGAUCGCACAGCGCGCCCUGGAAGCGUUUACCGAGCUGAUCGUUCGCCUCGGCCAAGACUUUAACGCGUACACCUCGACCAUCCUGCCGCAUGUGAUCGAUCGGCUCGGCGACAGUCGCGACACGGUACGGGAGAAGGCACAGCUCCUGCUGCACAAGCUGAUGGAGUGCCGUGUCGUGGUACCCCAGUCGCUGCUGGACAAGCUGAGCGUCUGCUUCAAGCACAAGAAUGCGAAGGUGCGCGAAGAGUUCCUGCAGACGAUCGUCAGCACGCUGAACGAGUACGGCACACAGUCGCUGUCGGUGAAGAUGUACAUCCCACCGAUCGUCAGCCUGCUCGGCGAUCCGGCGCCGACGGUGCGCGACGCCGCGAUCCAGACGCUGGUCGAGAUCUACAAGCACGUCGGCGACAAGCUGCGCGUCGAUCUGAAGAAGCGCGAAGUGCCGCCGACCAAGAUGGCCAUCCUCGAGCAGAAGUUUGACGAGACGCGCAACGAUGGGCUGCUGCUGCCGUCGGCACUGCAGGCAGCCCCGAGCGCCGCCGGCGGCGGUGGACACGACGAGCUGGACCGGGCCGCGGUCGUCGAGCGGCCAACGCGGCUGGUGAAGCGCACACCGUCGGCCACGCCGCGCAAGCCGCUGUUCGAGACGCAGACGGCCGGCUCGGGUGAUCUGCUGCUAGCGGCGGGCGCCGUCUCGGCCGAGGUGUUCGAGGCGUCGUUCGAGAACGUGCCGCAGCUGACGAUCUUCUCGCAGCGCGACAUGGACGAGCACAUGAAGUCGAUCAACACGCUGAUCGGCGACAACCGGGUGGACUGGGAGAAGCGGGUGGAGGCGCUGAAAAAGAUCCGCUCGCUGCUGAUGAUCAACGUGCAGGGCUCGCCGGCCUUCGUGCAGCAGCUGAAGGACCUGUCGAUCGCGUUCCUCGACAUCCUGAAGGAGCUGCGCUCGCAGGUGAUCCGCGAGGCGUGCAUUACGCUCGCGUACAUGAGCAAGGUGCUGCGCAACCGGCUGGACCAGUUCACCAUCUACAUACUGCAGGAGCUGAUCAAUCUGAUCCAAAACUCGGCCAAAGUCAUCUCGUCCGCGGGCACGAUUGCGCUCAAGUACGUGAUACGCUACACGCACGCGCCGAAAAUCAUUCCGAUCCUGACGCAGAAUCUCAUGCUCUCGAAAUCGAAAGACAUCCGCAGCUCGCUGAGCGAAAUGCUCGGCCUACUGUUCGAGGAGUGGCCGACCAAAACGCUCGAAAAGCACAACAGUCUGCUGCGCGAAGCGCUUCGGAAGGGAAUGGCCGAUGCGGACAACGAUGCGCGGCGACACAGCCGAUGUGCGUUCUGGAGCUUUCGGCGCCACUUCCCGGACCUGGCGGACAACCUGUACGGGUCGCUGGACAUUUCGACGCAGCGCGCCCUGGAGCGCGAGCGGGACAAUCUCGGAACAAACGGUACCAACUCCAUGAGUGUUAGUCUACGUGGCAGCAACAGUAGCUUGAAUUCUGUCUCUGGUGGGGUGAUAAAACGAAGACAAUCGUCCGGGCUGCGAAGUCCCGCGACCGCACAACCUCCAGUAAGCGCCACGAGCGUCAGUACGGAAAACCUCACUACGGUCCCGGGAGCCUCGUCAUCGGCAUCGUCGGCUGGCUCGACCCGUCUGCACCGGGCACCGUCGCUGCCCAGAACGUUGAAUCGCAACCGGAGUGGCAUACCCGUGGCGACCGCUUCCCGGGAAGCAGCCAACGCCGCGAACCAACAGGCCCAGCAGCAGCUGCAGCAGCAGGCGCCGGCACUGGUUGCCCGAGCGGGAGCUGCCGGCGGGUUUAGGAGCGUGUCCGCCGUCGAUACUGCCGCUGCCCAGCGGGCCCGGGCCAGGGCACAGUACUCUACCCUGGCACGGUUGAAAGUGACCUCCGGGACAGCGUCUCUGCAAGGACAUUACGCGCAACAAGCACGUGCUAAAAAGACACCGUCAUCAGCAUCCGCCACAUCAUCCUCCGCCAGCAACACGGCCACACCACAGCAACCUCCGACACCGGAGCGCAAGAUCCGAUCGAGGGCAGGAGUAUCACAGUCACAGCCAACAUCCAGAAGUACGUCACCUUCGAGCAAGCUGCGUGACAUGUACAGUGGCGUAACGUCCAUCUAUCGACAAACGGGCACGGUGCCGAAAAAGGCUCAGUCCGGCAUUCCGCGCUCGCUGGCAAACUCUCGCGAAACUAGCCCAACCAGAUCGCAUACACAGUUCGGUUCGCUGCGUCGCCCUGCCUAUGGUACUAGCAGCCCCCGGCGUCCACCGCUGAACCCGGGCCGGCCAGUGUUGGCACAGAAAAUCCUGCAGCAGAGCCGCGAGGCGGAAAAUGCGCUGGCCGACGCACUGUCGCCCGGGGAUGAGCACGAUAUGCCUUGCAGUGACUUUGCCCGGUUGGCUCUGCACCGGAAGAUCUCGCGCGAUGAGUCCGAUGAAAGUGAAGCCUCCUCGGUGUGCUCCGAGCGCAGCUAUGACAGUUAUCGACGGGGCAAUGAUUCUUUCUCGUGGAACGGUUCGCGCACGCGGUUAGACAGCUCACGACAAGUGAUCGACGAUAUCGACACGAUCAUCCAGUUCUGCGCCUCGUCGCACUGGUCCGAGCGUAAGGACGGGCUGAUCAAUUUGACGCAAUACCUCAGCGAAGGCAAGAUGCUGACGCAGCAGCAGCUCCAGUGCGUGCUGGACCUGUUCCGCAAGAUGUUCAUGGAUCCGCACAUCAAGGUGUACGCCCUGUUCCUGGACACCGUCAACGAGCUGAUUCUGUCGCAUUCGAACGAUCUGCAGGACUGGCUGUUUAUCUUGUUGACCCGUCUGUUCAACAAGCUCGGCACCGACCUGCUCGGUUCGAUGCAUGGCAAGAUCUGGAAAACGCUUCAGCUCAUCUACGAGUACUUCCCUGCAGAUCUGCAGCUCCAAUGUGUCUUUCGAAUAUUAGUCGACAAUGCGCAAACGCCGAACGUGAAGACACGCCAGGCGACGCUGAAAUUUCUUUCCCAGUUGGCCACAAGCUACUGCACGGCUUCCCAGUUUGUCGUGCAUCCGCAAAACCAGCAGGUGGUAAACCUCGCGAUCCAGAAGAUCAUACAAACGUCGCUUGAUCAGAAGAGCAUCGAGUUAAAGUCGCAGGCGCGCAUGUGCAUCGUGGCACUUUACAAUUGUAAUCCUUCACAGAUGACUAUGACUUUAGCAAAUCUUCCAAAACAGUACCAAGACACGGCGAAAAUAUACAUUCAACAGAACAUGAGAAGAAGUACUUCAGGAAACGAUAGUCCAUCAUCUCCACUGUCGUCUUCGAGCCCCAAACCAUUGCUUAGUCCUCAGCAGGGGCCGUAUAGUUUACAGAACAUCGCUAGUCCUCGAUCGCGACAGGCUUCGGUUGAGGCAGCGGCGGAGUCGAUGAACACAGAGGAAGUGUACAAGAACCUUCGCAAGACCACGGCCGAGAUACAGAACUACAGCUUCGAGAGCAAGCUCGACCGUGAUGCAAACAGUAAGGAUUCUGGCAUUAGCCAGAUGGGCGAAACGCACAUGAUGCAAUCGAUGACAGUGCUGGACGGUGUCGGUGGCCACGGCGUGUACGGGCUGGCAUCGAACGGCAUGAACGGCCAUAUAGGGGGAGGACUAGGAGGGCUGGAAAAGGACGAUUCAUGCAACGGUUCCAAGACACAGUCAGCCACAACAACAGAGUCCAACACACCGGAAAACACCGUACGGUUGGAUGGUAUGGAUCUGGCCCACAAGACGAUAGCACAACAGCAGCAGAUGCUUCAGCAGCAGCGUCACCAAAGCUACAGCCGUGCCGAGAACGGUGAACUAAUACUGGACAAGGGUGUGAAAGAGAACGAUGUGAUCAAGGCUGCGAUCGUGCUGACACUCCAGUCGGCACCGGAGACCACGAAACAGGUGCUAGAGAACCUGCAAAUCUGCAUCAAGCAUGGUUCGUGCGACCUACCCAUCAAGAAUUUUAAAGCAAUCAUGAAAAUGUUGCUACAUCUGAUGGAAUCGCAGAACAACGAUGUGCUGAUCGCAUCGCUGCACACACUCGGCCGUAUCGUACGCAGCACGGAGAUGAAAGCUUGCUGGAGCAACUUCCUGGAGCUGAUUCUAUUAAAAAUAAUAGACUGUUAUAAAAUUAGCAAAGAGGUGUCACGAGAGAUUGACAUAAUAGUGGUGAAAAUUGCGGGCAUACUUCCGCUGGACAUUUCCGUAAACAUACUGAAUCCGGUGAUUGCGACCGGCGAAUUUCCGGCGAAUCUGUGCGCCCUUAAAAUACUUACCGAGCUGACGCAAAAGCAGGGCAAGGAUCUGACCGAUAAUCACCUAGAUUGUAUAAUGCCAAAUGUAGCUAGGCUCGCUGAUGAUAGUCAAUCGAUGGUACGGAAAGCGGCAGUGUUCUGUAUCGUGAAGCUCUAUAUUGUGAUGGGCGAAGAGAAAGUAAAACCAAAAUUCUCCUUAUUGAACGCGAGUAAGAUAAGAUUACUAAAUGUGUAUAUUGCAAAGUCGAUGGGCAGUGGCAGCAGUAGCAGUAGUAAGGGUGGAUCAUCGACGACAGCAAUGUCAUGAUCCAAAAACGCCAAGUGAUUAUUAUUCAAAGGACGCAAAUUUGCUAAAUUGCUCUGUAAAUUUCGUAGAAGCAUCUCCGCUAUCCAAGAGUAAAGUUAUUUAUAAUCCUAUAUCUACCUACGUACCCUUGACCGCAGCACCACCACCACAAACAUCUUUCUUUCUGUGCGCUUUCACGCCUCGACUCUUUCACACAUGCUGUUUCUUCUUUCCCUCCCAUUGGCCGAAACUGUAACCGAAGUCCGAAGAUCGAUAAGACAUAAUCCCUUUUAUGUGUUUAUGCGCGCUUCUGCGAGGAAUGGUGGGAAAAAGGAAGAGCAAGAGAACGUUACAAUAGAUCUUGACUAUUUGGUUUGGUGUGCGGUGUGCGGUGUUAGCGUGUAUGUCAUGUCAUGAUGAUAUCCCCCUAUCUGUAUCCGGUUGUGCUGUAGGUAAAGCUGACUAUUUACGCUGUGAAUUUACUCUCCCCCCCAUCCAUGCCUGUUUAGUGUAUUCCUUCCUGGGCGAAUGUGCGAUUGUUCUUUCGUUUUACACUGACGAGCAACUGGCAACAACAGGUCCUUAUUUUGCUACCUUUCAUUUACACUGAAGCUAGUUUGGUUUUUUUAACACCUUAUUAUGGAGCGAAAGAGCGCAAUUGGAUGGAUGGAGCAGAGAGGAGGGUGCAACGUCAUUGUUGAACAGCAUUGUUAGGUAAAGAAUUUGAUGAGGAACAUUUGAUUGUACCAGAAGAACAACAUGAACCCCACUACUUGCACAAGCUACUGCUUCGCGCGCAAUUUUAGCGCAACUGACGCGUUGGCGCGAGUGUAGCAAUUUGGCCAAAAUCCGGAAAUUGAAACCGUAUCGAAGUUUUAGUAGUAUUUACGAAGAAAGUUUUGCUUAAUAAAAAAAAAAAAGAUAACACGAACUACAAACAAAACCAGAGCUGCAAGAGUGAGUGAGUGAGUGUUGGAAAGGUGACAAAAGACAAAGUAACUGAUAUGAAUGCCUUUCCAUCGCUUUUACGCUGCAUAAUUGUAUGGCCCUCUUGUUGUAGGACACUCGACCGAAGAGAAGAGAUGAUAAUAAUGUGUAAGCAAACGCUGCUAAUAUGUCGCUAAUAUUUAAGCGUCAAGAGAAUCUUGAUCUUCGAACCGAAAGCCCAUUCAAACACGUUCAAAUGGUGCACAGGCACGGCUGAAAGCCGUCUAAUUUUGCAAUCGAGACGUGUGACGCCAAUUUUGGUGUGCACCACUCAUGCUGAAUGAAAAUGGUGUCGUUGACGAUCAGUAUAAAUACUCCAUGUCCCUAACGAUUUGAUAUCAUUCCAGAAGGAUUUGGAGGAAGAUGUGUGGUGUGGCUUGUGCUUGCAAAAACAAACAAGAGAAUGAACAAAAAACAUUAAAAUAGAAAACGCUUUUGUGUAACCCUGCUCUGCUGCGCGCACUGUCGCGAUAUGGUAGCUUCCGGCAACAAUGAUCACGACACGAAUGUCGCGUACAAUCUCCACACUAUAACAAUCGAUACACAGUGAGAAGCACGCCUGCACGAACAGAAGAACAAAAGAAGUAAAUUAAUGAAAACAAGUUAUUAAAGUAUGUUAAACCCUUUUGUCUGGUAAGGAAUGGAGGAUGGAAUGAAGAAGACGAAGAAGAAAAAACAUUACAAGAGAGAGAGAAAGACUACCUCUACUCGGGAUGUCUAGUCGUGUAAACGUUAAGGGACGCGAGCAAAUAAUCGAGCGAAAAAAAUCGUUACAAUUGUAAAAAUGUAAGAAAGGCAAA